CUUGGUGCGCUUUUUCUGCUCCCGCGGGUGGACAAGAUGACAUCUUACACGGACAAAGGAGAGAAGCCUGACAAGGGACGCUUCCGCCACUUCCAUUCCCUGACCUUCUGGGUGGGAAAUGCCAAGCAGGAAGCGUCAUUUUACUGCAACAAGAUGGGCUUUGAGGAACUGGCCUACAGAGGCCUGGAAACCGGGAGUCGUGAAGUGGUCUCCCACGUCAUCAAGCAGGACAAGAUCAUCUUUGUCCUCUCCUCGGCUCUCAACCCGGGAAACCAAGAAAUGGGUGAACACUUAGUAAAGCAUGGAGACGGAGUCCGAGACGUUGCCUUUGAGGUGGAGGACUGCGAUUUCAUUGUGCAGAAAGCGAGGGAACGGGGAGCCGUAGUCGUAAAAGAGCCUUGGAUCGAGGAAGACAAGUUUGGGAAGGUGAAGUUUGCAGUUGUUCAGACGUAUGGAGACACCACCCACACCCUGAUUGAGAAGCUGGACUACAAAGGCCUUUUCCUGCCCGGUUUCGAACCGCCUCUCUUCAAGGACCCGCUGUUGAAAAGCCUGCCACCUGGGAGGCUGAACUUCAUUGACCACGUCGUGGGGAACCAGCCAGAUCACGAGAUGGUCCCUGUGGCAGAAUGGUACCAAAGGAACCUCCUGUUCCACCGCUUCUGGUCCGUGGAUGACAAGCAGUUGCACACGACGUUCAGCGCUCUGCGGUCCAUCGUGGUGGCCAAUUAUGAAGAAACCAUUAAAAUGCCCAUUAACGAGCCUGCUCUGGGGAAGAAGAAGUCUCAGAUCCAGGAAUACGUUGACUAUUAUGGAGGUCCAGGAGUCCAACACAUUGCUCUGAAUACCUCUGACAUUAUUUCUUCGAUUGCAAACCUGAAGAAACGGGGCAUGGAGUUUAUGUCCGUCCCCUCGUCCUACUACCAGCAACUGCGGAAGAAGCUGCAGUCGGCCAAGAUUAAGGUGAAAGAGAGCAUCGACAGACUGGAGGAACUGAAAAUCCUCGUGGACUUUGACGAGAAAGGAUAUCUGCUCCAGAUCUUCACGAAGCCUGUUCAGGACAGACCGACGGUCUUUCUUGAAGUCAUACAGCGACACAACCACCAGGGAUUUGGUGCCGGGAACUUCAAGUCUUUGUUUGAAGCUAUUGAAGCAGACCAGGAUGCCCGGGGAAACCUCACUGUCUUGACGCCCAACGGAGAAUCAGAUUUCAUGUAAUGCUCAACAGCGAAGGGCUAGUGACACAAUUUUUUAAAAAAUGUUGUAGGAAAGGGUUAGGAGGAUUUCUCCCAACAGCACUUAAGAGUCAUCAGAAUAGAUUCCUCCCUCUGCACUACUUCCCCCCCCCCCAAAAAAAAGAGUCCGUACGGUCAGGCGGGUUUAGUUGGUAGCAUGUAUAGUUGAUUCCGAACCCAAAUCAGCCUCCCCCCUCUUCACCUCUUCCCGUGACUGCAGAAACAUGGAUAGAGGAAGAGGAACUUUGCCUCCCAAAUGGCUGGAAUUUCAUUAGAUGGUAGUUAUUUUUCAAUGCAGCUGAAGCUGAGUAUACCUUCCCCUCCCACCCCGGUCGUCUGGAAGCAAACCUGUAGGAGAGCCAGGAGCUGACAACCUGUAGUGAGCAUGUCCCAGAUGAUCAGGAACCCGUUUGAAACUCUGCACGCGGGCCCUCGCACCGGGAGACUGGGCUUGCCAUCAAACUGGUGAUCUUCCUGCAAUCCGUAAAGGGAAGCGAGUUCAGAGUAAACAAGGCUGUCUUCCGAAGUUAAGGAGCUCAGAAUGAUUUCUUCCUUUCUUUGUUACUAAAUAACAAGGCUUGAGAGUGCGGAGGCUGUGGCUUGUUACAUCUGUGUUUUGGUCACGGGGCUGAAAACAAUAAACCUACCGACUCCCUUCCCAAGGGUUUUGGAACA